AUGUCUGCACGAAAGAUAUUGGUUUCGGGAGCAACGGGCAAGCAAGGCGGAGCUGUGGUCAAAGCCCUCCUCGCCAACCCUCCACCGUUCGACUACGAGAUUCUCGCCCUCACUCGGAAGACUACGUCGAAGUCAGCCAAAGCCCUGUCAUCCAAUCCCAAAGUCACCCUGAUUGAAGGCGAUUUGGAGGAUUCAGCAGCUAUAUUUCGAAAGGCCGGCGGUGUUGGCGCAGUAUGGGGCGUGUUCUGCGUGACCAUCCCCAACUUCAAGGGCAAGGUCGAGAGUCUGGAAACCGAGCAGGGCAUCAGAUUGGUCGAUGCGGCCAUCCAAAACAAUGUCAAGCACUUCGUCUACACCUCAGUCGACCGUGGGGGAGCCGAAAAGUCUGAAGUCAACGCUACUUACGUUCCACAUUUUGUGUCAAAAUAUAAAGUCGAGAAGCAUCUCAAAGAAGUGGCUCAUACCUCAGGCAUGACAUACACCAUUCUGAGGCCCACAGCUUUCAUGGACAACCUGACACCGAAUUUUGGCGGACAAAUCUUCGCCGCGACAUGGCACAGCCUGGGCGAUAAACCUCUACAAUUGGUGGCUGUCAAGGACAUUGGUGUUUUCGCAGCCUUAGCAUUCGCCAAGUCCGACACGGGCGACUACAGAAACACGGCGAUCAGCCUUGCUGGCUGCGACCUCACCCAGGCGCAGGCGGAAGAAAUAUUUUGGAAGGUAUUGGGUCGGCCAAUGCCACGCACAUACGACUUCGUCAGCGACCUUCUCCUUUAUAUGAUAGCCGAAGUAGGAACGAUGUUCAAGUGGUUCAAAGAAGAAGGAUACGGUGCGGACCUGGCCCAAUGUCGGAGGCUGAACGAGAACAUACUUGAUUUCGAGGGAUAUCUACGAGAGGAGAGCGGUUUCAAGCGAUAA